AUGGGUUCUACAGAGUCGGGCACAGAUCAAACCCUCGUCAACACCAGCACCCCGAAUCUCUUCUCCCUACACGACAGAACAAUUAUAGGCAGGUCUUUCACUGGCGCGACCGGCGGUCUGGGUUCGCAACUCACCAGAGCCAUCCUCGAGUCCGGCGGCGAUGUCAUAGCCAUUGAUUACGGCGAUGUUCCGCCAACAACAUGGGAACCCCUCCAAUCCCUUGCAAAAUCUCUCUCUCGCACCCUCACCUACCAUGCUUGCGACAUCUCCUCCCAAUCUAGUACCGCCAGCGUCUUCGAAUUAGCGGCCGCUCAAGCCCGAUAUCCCGUCCGCGGUCUGGUCAAUUGUGCCGGUAUUGGAACCGUGGGCGACUCCAUCGCUUACCCCGAGGAUCAAACAAGACGUACACUGGACGUCAAUCUCGCUGGUAGUUUGUACGUUGCGCAGGCGGCGGCAAAGGUUGUGACGAAGCAGUAUCACGAGGGAAAGAGUCUGGGAGCGAGCUUUGUGUUUGUGGCGAGCAUGAGCGGGUACAUUUCCAACAAGGCCACUCCAACAGCAAUCUACUCCGCCUCCAAAGCAGGCGUCCAUCAACUCGUCCGCUCCCUCGCCGGCGAAUGGGGUUCCUCAUCUCCAACUUCAUCUCCAAGCCCAACCAUCCGCGUCAACUCCAUCAGCCCCGGCGUCAUCGAAACGCCCAUGACGCAGCAGUUCCUCACCCGAAAAGAAUGGACCUCGGUGUGGCAGCAAGAAGCAAUGCUCAAGCGAAUCUCCACCCCCGACGAGUAUCGCGGCGCCCUCAUCUUCCUGCUGGCGGACGCGAGUUCAUAUGUUACGGGCGCGGAUUUGCGGGUUGAUGGUGGAUCGACGGCGUGGUGA